GCCUCACUUCCGAUAGGAGUGGCCAGAAGAUGGGUAUAAAGAGGAUCUCUGGUCCCCAAGAUCAUCAUUCGAAUCCAUUGAGACUUCUCCAUCGUUCCACCACAUCUGCUAAACAAGGUCUAACGCACCACACGAAAGCCGAAAGAUGAGCAAGCAAAGACAAAGCAGGGGUGGCUGUUGCUGCUGUGGCAGUUCAAGGGGCGGCUGCUGUUGCUGUUCUGGAGGUGGAGGAUAUGGCGGCGGCGGACAGUCCAGCGGAGUCAUCGUUAUACCAAGCGGAGGUGGAUAUGGAGGUGGAUAUGGAGGCGGCCAGCAAAAGAUCCCAAUGGUUGUUGGCGGAGGAUCUGGAGGGGUUUGCUGCGGAGCCAGUAGCGGCGGCGCAGUGUGCUGUGGAUCAUCCGGCGGCAGUGGCCAGUCUUCUGGGUGUUGUGUUGGAGGUGGAAUGGGUGGUGGAUAUGGAGGUGGAUAUGGAUAUGGCCAGCAAAAGAUCCCCAUCGUUGUUGGUGGAGGAUCUGGAGGGGUUUGCUGUGGAGCUAGCGGCGGCCGUGGUGGUGCAGUAUGUUGCAGCUCGUCCGGCUCCGGUGGCGCAGUUUGUUGUAGCUCAUCCAGUGGUGGAAGCUCAGGUGGGGUUAAGGUGAUUGGAGGAGGAUACGGUGGAGGAGGAUACGGUGGAGGAGGAUACAGUGGCGGCAGUGGGAAAACCAUUGUUGUACCUGGUGGAAGCAGUGGUGGUGGCAGUGGCGGAGCUGUCUGCUGCAGCAGUGGCAGUGGCGGAGCUGUGUGCUGCAGCAGCGGCAGUGGCGGAGCUGUCUGUUGCAGCAGCGGCGGAUCUGGUGGUGGAUACUCGCAGACCAAGUGCCCCAUUGUCGUCCCACCAUGCAUUGGGCCAACGAAACAGGUCUGCCCAUUGCCAAGCAUCAAGUAAAAUGCAACAUUUACCAAACAACCCAAGAAAAGCGAACUUUGCUACCUCGCAUCAGCAUCCUGGCAAUGACAUGUUAAACCCAGGACACUUCUGCAUGUUGCUUUCUUUGCUCUUUCAUUCUUCAAUGGCAUUUUAUGCUUGCAUGUUCAAUGUGUGGCUCAUUCUUCAAUGUAACUUAUGAAUGGCUGUGUGUGUUUGCGGUGGAUGGGAGUUUCCUCAUCCACCCUCCCCUGCUGAUUUCCUUGCUUCAAUUUCCCAUAAUGCAUGGGAGAGAAUAAAACUUAUUUCAGAAUCAA